GUCAUGAUGUUACCAUACUAAAUAGAGAGAGUGGCAAUGCAUACAAUUUCUUCUACUGGAAAGAAGAUGGAACUCCAAUAAAGAUUGGUAGCUCAGGCUCCGAUGGUAAAUCCUUUGAAGCAGAUGAUAAUAAAUUUCCAAUGGGUUAUUACGACCUUUUGCCACAGUCUGAAUGUCCAGAUGUAUGUGGCUACUACUGUAAAAGAUGUAAGCUACGUAGAAAGGAGAAACUGGUCACAAAGUGUUCAGAGUGUCAACUGAUGAGGAAUGAAGGAUACACAAAAUGUGAUGCAUGUGUCGUGUCUGGGAGCAAAUAUCAAUGUUUCAACUGCAAGGAAUAAAGGAGUUUUACUGUACAAUGAGACAAAAUAGACUACAACAAUAACAAACUUUUAGAGAAACAUCCCUAUUUAUAAUAAUAUGCUGUCAAAUAAUUCUUGAAUAAAUGACAAUUAUCCAGAGUAAUGAAA